UCUCGUGACUCGCCCUUUUCAGGUUAUCUGGUAAAGGUCUGCCGACAAGCUACAUACAAGUGUCUUUUUGUAUAGUUACCCAAUGAAAAACAAAAUUAUAGAAUGUUUAGCUUUCGAGGAGAGAAAAAGGAACGUAAACAGGUAGAGGAUGUGCCAGAGAUUGAAGAUGACCAGCCAAGAAAUCCCUACACAGAGCUGAGACUUCUGUCCUCACAUACAGACAUUGUUCAUUUGUUGACUGUUAUUGAUGACAGAAGGUUUGCAUCAGCUUCUGAUGAUAACCUUGCAGUCAUUUGGGAUGCUAAGAAUGGAAAGCGCCUCAGUGUUUUGAGAGGCCACACACGACCCAUUAAGUGUAUGCUCCUCUUGCAUCAGCGACAAGAAUACCAGAAUGAAGAAACAGCCACCAUUCUUUUGCUCACAGGUUCAUCAGACAGAACCAUAUUAGUUUGGGAUGUAAAUGAUGGUCAGUGCCUUCACACAAUCUCUGAUCAUUGUGGCUCUGUGAAGUGUUUAGUGAACAUAAAAGAGGACAGGACAUUUUUCUCUGGUGGUCAGGACUUGUGUGUUUGGAGUGAAAAGGGAGAGUUGCUGGAUAAAAUGCAGAGGAACAGUGAAGACUGUGAUAUCCACACAUUGCUUCCUAUAAAGAAUAACCGGAUAGUGGCUGCUUCAAAUAAAUUUUCACUUGUGGUAUAUUCAGUGACAAGGAGCACAGAUGAUUCCCAAAAUAUGAAAAUAGUUGAAGUCAAGAAACUCCCACCUCACAGGGAAUCAAUUAGGUGCCUUAUCAGUGUAGCAGACAGCAUGUUUGCAUCAGCAUCACUGGAUGGAGCCAUCAUUCUGUGGAGCUCUCUUAGUCUUUCUCAUACACGACAGUUUAACUUUGUGAAGGACUAUGAAGGACCAUUUCACACCUACCCCGCAAGUACUCAGCAUAUCUUCACUGUUGAUCAGAAAUACAUAUUGGCUUCCAUUGGGCAUGGAUUUUUCUUGUAUGACACUAUGUCAGGGAACUGCCUUGCCAAAGUCACAAAUGCACAUCAUGGGAAAAUAAUUCACUCUGUGCUGUUGUGUAAAGGUUAUCUUUUGGCAACCUGUUCUGAGGAUGGCUCUGUAAGAAUUUGGGGAUCACCAAAUCCUCUUUUUGUCUGUGAUGGUUCUACGUCGCCAUCCUUCACUUUGCAAGUGGAGAGAUUUCUUGGUAAAAGCAUUUCAGAAGUGCAAAAUAUCAAGCCACCAAUCACUCCAGCGCUUCUUGGAGAGUGUCUGGCUCAUACGGGCGCUAUACAUAUGGCUGUUAAUCUUGGUGAGGAAGGCUUUGCUUCCUGUGGAAGUGAUGGCCUUGUUGUCUUGUGGAAGGACGGUGAACUGGAGAAGAAGAGAAGGAAUGAAAUGGUUCGAAAUAUCUUGCUAUCGAUGGAUGAUACGAGAUGAUGUAGGGAUAUUGUUAGCCGCUGAUCAGGACUGUUAAUUGACUCAACACGCCCACGACCCUGGGGACUUUCGCUCCAUCUGAUAGUUGUAUCAACAUCAGGCUUAUAGGACACGAACAGCAAUCGUAGAGAGAAUGCACUGCUCUUGGCCCCCUUUAACCUCGACCAGUCAAUAGAAAAACCCCUGUGUAAACAUUCCAAAUCAAGCGCUAGACGGACAUUCUUCCAAGAUUUAAAAAAGAAUGUAUAGAGAAGUAAAUACUCUCCUCUCAAAAA